GAAAGUGAAACACGUUUUAAUAUUUUGCCACAAAGCGAAAGAGAAACCAUACUCCUAGAAACGGACAUUGUUCGUCUACGCAAAAAGAGUUCCGUUGAAAUGUCCAGCUUUACGUGCCUCAACUGCGGCGUACGCUUUGCCACGGCAGACAUGCAGCGGGAACACUACAAAACGCACUGGCAUCGGUACAACCUGAAACGCAAGCUGGCCGAGCUGCCUCCGGUGACGGUGGAGGAGUUCGAGAAGCGCCUGACCCAACAGAAGUCGGACGAUGCGGCCGCCCAGGAAGAUCAAUCGCUCUACUGCAAGGCGUGCCGGAAGGUGUUCAAAUCGAAAAACGCACACGACAGCCACCUGGACAGCCGGAAGCAUCGGGAGAAUUUGAAGAGCUUCCUCGAGGAGAAGACCGAUGACUCACCGUCCACGGCAGCGGACGCGAUGGAAGGGCAGACGGAGGAAGUGUCGGUCAAGUCGACCCGUGCAUCAACGCGCGCCGCACAAGCCGAAGCGGAAGCAGAAGCCGACGAAGACAUGGAGGACGUGGAUUCGGACGAGUGGGAAGACGUGGAGUUUGAGAAUCCGAUCGAACGGAACGGUUGCAUCUUUUGCCCGAAGCAAAGCGAGGAUUUGCUGUCCAACAUUAAGCACAUGUCCGUGGCACACUCGUUCUUCAUCCCGGACGCCGAGUACUGCGUCGAUCUCGAGGGCCUGUUGGCGUACCUGGCCGAAAAGGUUUGCCGCGACUACAUCUGCCUGUGGUGCAACGAGCGUGGUCGGACGUUCUACUCGACGGACGCCGUACGGCACCACAUGACGGAGAAGGGCCACUGCAAGAUGCUGCACGAGGGUGCCGCCCUGGCGGAGUACGUGGAGUUCUACGACUACAGCGCCAGCUACCCGGAUCACGCGGACGGUAUGGACGUGGACGCCGAACUGGACGCCCCGCAGGCGCUCGAUGGCGACGAGUACCAGCUGGUGCUUCCGUCGGGCAACGUGAUUGGCCACCGGUCGCUGCUGCGCUACUACAAGCAGCGGCUCAAUCCCAACCGGGCCGUGGUGGUGAAAAAGUCAACGCAAAAGCUCCACAAAGUGCUGGCCCAGUACCGAUCGUUGGGCUGGUCAUCCACGCAGCAGGAUGCGGCCGCCAGGAAUGCACGCGACAUGCACGUCAUGAAACGGCAACAGGCCAAGCUGAUGCAACAGGUUGGCGUGAAAGCGAACAAGCUCCAGCAUCACUACCGGCCGCAAGUUAACUUCUAAGCCAACGUUCUG